AUGGUUGGCUCGCGUAAGGGACAGCUAUUGGAGGAGCAAGAAAAUUCGACUUCAAUACCAGCAUGGCAGCGAGCGAGCAGUGUACCAGCACAUAAAAGACCACUUAUUGUUUCUGCGAAGGGAUCUAGUAGUGCUGGUUCUGUAAGCGAUGAAGCCUUCCAACAGGCGUUUACUGAAGUCCCGAAAUGCAACAUAUUUUCGUCCAAGCAACUAAAGGAUCAGAUCGGCGAAAUAUGUGCAGUUCUUGAAAACACAGAUGUAGUUUGGAGUCGUCGUAUGACUGCGUUGAAAACAUUGCGUGCAUUGAUUAUUGGCGGAGGCUUGGACUACUCGGACUUCUCAGAAGAAGUACGUGAAAUGCAGGCAGCUCUACUCACCUCCGUUAAAGAUUUGCGGUCGCAAUUGUGUCGCGAAGCAUGCGUUACCAUUGCUUUCUACUGCGAAAGAUUAGGGCUUGUGAUGGUUAGCGUAAUAGAAGCGCUCAUGCCAACGCUUAUUUCAUUAAUGCAGAAUAGUGCCAAGGUAAUGGCAACAAGUGCGCAGCUUGCUUUACAGUACGUUGUUAAAUAUGUAUGUAGUGCCAAAUUACUUCCUCAUUUGCAAACUGCAAUGUCUUCAAAGUCAAAAGAGAUUAGAAGGAACACCGCAUCAUUGCUUUUAAUAGCGCUAACUCUUUGGGAUAGCAGAACAGUAGAAAAGAACAUGAACAUUUUUUUAGAAUGUAUCAAGGCAAGUAUAAAUGAUGCUGAUCCAGAAACGCGCAGAACGGGUCGCGCACUUUUCAUGCAGCUAGAUCAGGAAUACAAGAAGCAAGCCGAUAUGCUUUAUAAAACUUUGGACCCAUCAAGACAGCGAACACUGUCUGGCUUUGUAUCCCAGUCAUCGUCAUCACAAUCAAUUAUUUCUGAGCGAGACGCUUUACCUAUUUCACAACGAAAUGCUGCUUAUGUACUACAUAAAGCAAGUCCCUCAUACUACGCUGGACGUUCGACGUCUGAUAUAGAUCCUGGUGCAGUGAGACGUGUCACAAAUCGUGCUGUACGAACAGCUUCUAAGCCUCUUCAGCAAGUAAAUGGCACCCCAUCAACAACUCAAAUGAGGACAAGUGCAGCCCAACGUUUGUCAUCAGCAUCACAGAAGUUCGUUUCAUCGUUACGCCGUGUACCGCCAACACCAACAAAUUAUGUUAGAUCUCAGCCCGGUAGUCGAAGUACUUCACCAGCUUCUCGUUUCCCUGCACGCGUUCCUCCUCGAUCACAAAUGAGUAGUCGAACGAAAAUUCAGAUAGACGAGUCAGAAGAUCAUGCUUCUGUUAGCAGUGAUUCAUUUAGGUUUGAAACGAUGGAGUUAGCAACUGCGCUUUCUUGUUGUGGCUUAUCCUCUACCACAGAGAAAAAGGAAGGCUUAAAAGCACUGUUCACUAUUAUUUCAAGUGACAAACAAAUUAAUACAAUGGAUUUGAAGAAAAUCGUUGAACGUUUAAAUCCAUUGAUCGGCGAAGGUGCUCAUAAGCUUUUGCAACCGCUUGCGGAUACAUUGAUAGCUUUGGUACGUCGCUAUCAUGAGGAACUGAACGAAUGGUUGAAUUUGUUGAUACCAAAGCUAGUAGCCAAAUGUUCUACUGAUGUUCUACCUAGUAAUCUAGAAAAAUAUCGAAUUAUGACGGAAGCUGUGCGGACGAGUUUUGAUCCAGAAAAACAAUUACACGCUGUUUGCAAGUUUAUCCGUGACCCGGUGCGGAAUAACGUUAACGUCAAGAUAAAACAUGGAUUACUGAUGUAUUUGCAUGAUUUAAUGCGCGGCAUGGAUUCAGCUCCAUCGAUGAAUCAAAGUGAAGUUCGACAGGCAGUUAGUAAAAUAUUCCAGUGGAUUGACGAUCCAAAAAAUACCUGUUUGAUAUCGAUCAGCGAAAAGAUCGUGUGUGACAUGUUCCAUCUAAAUGCCAGUGACUUUACUUCAAUGCUUGCUACUUUUCCAAAUGACCUGAAAGAUCGGUUGCAAACUAUUAUUCGUAGAAAUAGCUUUUGCUUAUCAGCCAGCAAUGGGAUUAACUCAAACGAAGCACGGGCGGGUAUAUUAGAAACAACAGCACAGAUUAAUGAUUUUGUUGAUCGACGAGCAGGUUUACCUAUGUCAUCUCCUCGUGUAUCACCUCAGCUAACGAAUGAUUCACUUCGCAGCUCAUUUGAUGGCACUCCAUUGCGACGCACAAGCCGUGAGGAUCAGAAUGGAUCGUUAUCUGGUUAUAUUUUGGAUCCGCAAGGUUUCGCGAAUGGUCUAGAACAACAGGAAGAAUUAAUAACCAAGAUAGGAGAGGAACUUUCACUUCAUAAUCAAAGAAGUGAGGAGCGUCAGAGGGCAAUGUCAGUACUUUCGCAGAUCACGCGUGAUAAUUUAUUUUCCCUUUGGGAUAAGCAUUUCAAAAUGAUAUUUUUAUUACUCAUUGAAACACUCAAGGAUAACGAUGAAAAUAUUCGUCGAAUGGCAUUAAAACUUUUAAAGGAAAUUUGUUAUGCACAAGCUUCCCGUUUCAAUGAAUUUGCGGAAAUGGCGCUAAUGCGUGUUCUCGACGCUUGUACGGAUGAGUCGAAGCUUGUAGUAACAGCGGCAGAAGAAUGUGGCAGUGUAUUAGCUACACAUGUUUCAUCGGCAACAUGUCGACGGGUGCUCCUCGCCAUUAUAAAAUCAGAUGUUGGCGAACCAAAAAUUCAUAUUGCUAUCAAAUUGUUGACAAAAGUGAUUGAAUCACUUAGUGCCACUGAGUUAGAGUUGAUCCUGGAUGAAGUUGCACCACCAAUUGUUGACACAUAUAAUUAUGUGAGUAGUUCAAUUCGUAAAGAAAGCGUUGUAUGCUUAGUGGCAAUGAUUAUGCUUGUAGGAGAAGAACAUAUGGCACCGUAUUUAUCAGAACUUAAUAAAGGAAAACAGAAGUUAAUAGAAGUUUAUGUGAACCGUAUGAAAGGAAUAUUCCAAUGA